GAUUAAAUCGGGAAGGAAUAUUUUCUAUAUAUCCUUCUCCAUAUAAGUUAUAAGCCUCUCCCGGUCUUCUCCCAUCUUCAAUUCCCAUCCAAAAGAAAGAAAGAAAGAAAGAAAGAAAAACAAAGACAAACACAAUGAAGCAUUUCACAGUCUCUUCUUCCAUUCCCUUCUUCUUCUUCCUAGCUGCAACAUUCCUCCAAUGCUCCACUUACACCGCCAUACCCAUUCCCCAUGCACAAGCGGCGGCGGCGGCAGCCGGACCGGCCCCACCGGGUCCGACCAACAUAACCGCAAUCCUCGAGAAGGCGGGUCAGUACACGACCCUGAUCCGCCUCCUCAAAGCCACCCAAGUCGGUGCCCAGAUCGACACCCAGCUUAACAAUUCCAACCAGGGUUUGACGGUUUUAGCCCCGACCGACAACGCGUUCUCGGGGCUAAAACCCGGAACCCUGAACUCCUUGUCCGACCAGGAAAAGGUCGAAUUGGUUCAGUUCCAUGUCCUCUCCUCUUUCUACUCCAUCUCCCAGUUCCAGACUGCUAGUAACCCUUUGAGGACGCAAGCCGGGAACGGCGCCGGAGCUUUCCCGCUGAACGUCACCGCCACCGGGAACCAAGUCAACGUCACCACCGGAGUGGUCGACGCCACGCUGGCUAACACCGUUUACACGGAUGGCCAGCUGGCGGUGUACCAGUUGGACAAGGUGCUUCUUCCCAUCGGCCUCUUCGGGCCUCCGGCGCCGGCGUCCGCACCGUCUCCGAAGAAGUCGGAAAAGAAGGGUAAGGUGGCCGGAGGUCCGGUAUCCGGCGAAGAUGCUACGCCGGAGAAGGCGUCGGGUGCGGUUGGCGUGCAUGGCAUGGCGGUCGUGGCGGUCGUUGGAGUGGCUGUUUCGGUUGGGCUAAUGUGGUAACGCUUGUGUGAUUGUGCCACGUGGUGAAGUUUGGUCCGUUUGUUGUAAAGGUGUGGAUUUGGUUGGACGGUGGUGAUUUGAUGGACUGAGUGCCUUAAUAAUUAAUUGUCUACUGAAAAUUCAAUUUUUGAAGUGUCAUUUCUUUCUUCGUUUGUAUUUUCUCAAUUUACAUUCUUGCAGCCCAAAAAAGCAUUAAAAAAAUAUCUGCUUUUAAGUUGUUGAGAUUAAAAUUAAUUUUGCCAGCUUUUUCAUCUCUUAUUACACUUUUUAGAGGAAGUGGAAAUAGUAACUAGAACUAUUACAAAUCUGUUGGAUUCAAUUUUUUUUCAUCUGAGUUAUUUCGAAUUUGAAAGGGGUAAGUAAAUGACUACUUCCCUG